UGAGACCAUUGCUACAAUUCCAACUAUGAGCAGGUUAAGGUCUAUAACCAAACACCCAACAAUUUCCCUGGUUGAAUCAUGCAGUGGCCUCCGAGAGAUCAGGCAGAUCCACACCCAAUUGCUCAUUAACGGUCUUCUUAACGACCCUUUCUUCUUAGCCCAGUUUCUUGGUUCAAUAGCUCUUCACCACCCAAACAAUAUGGAUUAUUCCCAACAGCUCCUUGACCAGUCCCAUAAUCCUACUGUCUUCGCCUUCAACUCCAUGAUCAGAGCCCACUCCAAAGGCCCCAUUCCUGAACGGAGCUUUCACUUCUUCCACCGAAUUCUGAGCUCCAAUCUCUCUCCUGAUAACUACACCUUUACUUUCCUCGUUCGCACCUGUGCACGCGUCUCCUUACCCAAGACUAGCCUAGCUGUUCAUGCCUCUGUGAUAAAGCACGGUUUUGAAUUAGACCCACAUGUUCAAAGUGGGUUGAUCAAUUCAUAUGCCGAGUUAGGUUUUCUUGAUUCUUCCCGGAGACUAUUUUCAGAAAUUUAUGAACCGGAUUUGGUAACACGGACAGCCAUGCUAAGUUCUUGUGCUAGGUCUGGUGAGGUUGAUUUUGCACAGAAGCUGUUUGAUGAAAUACCUUAUAGGGAUAGGGAUGCCAUUGUUUGGAAUGCAAUGAUUGCAGGGUACGCGCAAUGUGGUCGGUCAAGGGAGGCCUUGCACCUGUUCCACUUAAUGCAAAAGGAGGGUGUGGAAGUUAAUGAGGCUACCAUGGUCUCUGUCCUAUCAGCAUGUACCCACUUAGGUGCAUUGGAUCAAGGAAGAUGGGCACAUGCAUAUAUAGAAAGAAAUAGGCUUCACCUGACUGUGACACUAGGGACUGCACUCAUAGACAUGUACUCGAAAUGUGGUAACAUGGGUAGAGCCAUGGACAUCUUUUGGGAGAUGAGAGAGAAGAAUGUCUACACAUGGAGUGCCACUAUUGGUGGGUUGGCAAUGAAUGGUGCUGGUGAGGAGUGUCUCAAGCUUUUUGACCUCAUGAAACAAGAAGGUGUUAUGCCCAAUGAAGUGACCUUCAUUGCAGUUUUACGGGGUUGUAGUGUUGUUGGAUUGGUUGAGAAAGGUCGCAAGCAUUUUGAUUCGAUGACCCAAGUGUAUGGACUUGAGCCUGAACUCGAGCAUUACGGGUGCAUGGCUGACUUAUAUGGACGAGCUGGCCUCUUAGAUGAUGCUUUUAACUUUAUCAAUAAUAUGCCAAUGACGCCUCAUGCAGGUGCUUGGGGAGCUUUACUUAAUGCUUGUAGAAUCCAUAAAAACAUGGAGCUAGGGGAGCUUGCAUUAAGCAAGAUUCUAGAGCUAGAAGAUAAAAAUCAUGGUGCCUAUGUGCUCCUGUCAAACAUGUAUGCAGAUUCUAAAGAUUGGGACAGUGUCAGUAAUGUAAGGCAGUUAAUGAAAGUUAAAGGGGUGAGAAAGAUCCCUGGUUGUAGUGUUAUAGAGGUUGGUGGUGAGGUUCACGAAUUCUUUGUAGGGGACAAAUCACACCCCAGGUAUGGUGAAAUCGAGGUGAUGUUGGGAGAGAUCUCAAGAAGGUUAAGACUGUCAGGUUAUGUAGCUAAUACUAACCCUGUGCUCUUUGAUAUAGAGGAAGAGGACAAAGAGGAUGCUCUGUGUAGACAUAGUGAGAAGGUAGCCAUUGCUUUUGGUUUGAUCAGUUUGGGUGAAGGAGUUCCCAUAAGGAUUGUGAAAAACCUAAGGGUUUGUGGGGAUUGCCAUGAUGCUACAAAGAUCAUAUCUAGAGUUUUCAGUCGAGAGAUUAUUGUGAGGGACAGGAAUAGGUUCCAUCAUUUUAAAGAUGGGGAGUGUUCUUGUAAAGGUUAUUGGUGACAAGUUGAGGUAGUCAGUCUACUUAAUUUGCUGAAAGAUGAUUUCAAGCUAAAUAACUGAAAGCUGUGCUUACACUUUUCCACCACAAGUGUGACUGA